AUGUCUAUUCUUAAGAUGGUCGAGGAUCGGCCGACGCCCAAGGCUGUCUACAACUGGAGGGUCUACCUCCUGGCAGCCGUGGCAUCGUGCGCAUCCUGCAUGAUCGGUUACGACAGUGCCUUCAUCGGUACCACCCUGGCUUUGGACUCGUUCAAGAAAGAGUUCCACUUCGACACCAUGUCCACCGCUACCAAGAACUUGAUCAGUGCCAAUAUCGUCUCCUGCUACCAGGCCGGUGCCUUCUUUGGCGCCUUCUUCGCCUACCCCGUUGGUCACUUCUGGGGCCGUCGUAUCGGUCUGAUGUCUGCUGCUAUCAUCUUCAUCCUUGGUGCUGGUCUCAUGUUGGGUGCUAACGGCUCCCGUGGUUUGGGUCUACUCUACGCUGGUCGUGUCCUGGCUGGUCUAGGCGUCGGUGCCGGCUCCAACAUUACCCCUAUCUACAUUUCCGAACUGUCACCCCCUGCUAUUCGUGGUCGCCUGGUCGGUGUCUACGAAUUGGGCUGGCAGAUUGGUGGUCUUGUAGGUUUCUGGAUCAACUAUGGUGUCUCCGAGACCUUGGCUCCCAGCCACAAGCAGUGGUUGAUUCCUUUCGCCGUUCAGCUGAUUCCUGCCGGUCUUAUGUUGAUUGGUGGUUCCUUCAUUCGCGAGUCGCCCCGUUGGCUGUUCGGCUGUGGUCGCCGUGAGGAGGCUAUCAAGAACCUUUGCUGGAUCCGUCAGCUGCCCGAGGAUGAUAUCUAUAUGAUCGAGGAGAUUGGUGCCAUUGACCAGGCCCUGGAGGAGCAGCGCUCUACCAUCGGCAUUGGCUUCUGGAAGCCAUUCCAGGCCGCCGGCAACAACAAGCGUGUUCGCUGGCGUCUGUUCCUGGGUAGCAUGCUCUUCUUCUGGCAGAAUGGCUCUGGCAUCAACGCGAUCAACUACUAUUCUCCUACCGUUUUCAAGUCUAUCGGUGUCACUGGUACCAACACUAGUCUCCUGACCACUGGUAUCUUCGGUGUUGUCAAGACUGUCGUUACCUUCGUGUGGUUGCUGUGGCUCAUUGAUCGUGUCGGUCGUCGUAACCUGCUCCUGAUCGGCGCCGCCGGUGGUUCCGUCUGCUUGUGGAUCGUUGGCGCAUACAUCAAGAUCGCCGAGCCCUCCAAGCACCCCAAGACCACCAUGGACGGCGGCGGUAUUGCGGCCAUGUUCUUCUUCUACCUCUGGACCGUCUUCUAUACCCCGACCUGGAACGGUACUCCCUGGGUUCUCAACUCGGAAAUGUUUGACCCCAACAUGCGUUCUCUGGCCCAGGCCUGUGCCGCCGCCUCCAACUGGCUGUGGAACUUCCUCAUCUCACGCUUCACCCCGCAGAUGUUCACUGCCAUGGGAUACGGCGUGUACUUCUUCUUCGCUUCCCUGAUGAUCUGCUCCAUCGUCUUCGUCUACUUCCUCAUUCCCGAGACUAAGGGUAUUCCCCUCGAGAGCAUGGACCGUCUGUUCGAGAUCAAGCCUAUCUGGCGCGCUCACGGACAGAUUCUCGCCACUCUGCGCGAGGAGGAGGUCGGGUUCCGCCACGACAUUGAGGAGUCUGGUCUCGCCGAGGCUAAGCUGAAUGCUGAGCAGGUCGAGAAUGCUGCCGCGCAGCCCAAGACCUCGUAUGCUUGA